CGAAGUGCUUUUGGUGCCUGAGCGAGAGCGAAUCGCUUGCCCUUGACUACAUAUCUUCCCCGCCUAUUCCCAGCAUUGCUUCAGCUUCAUCCUAACACCUGCUAUCUUUCUCACUGCGAUUGGUUGCAGGCUACACGCACGGCAGAGCCUUGCCUCGCUAAGGACACCAUCAGCUCGAGUCGGCCGCAUACUCUGCGAUAUCAAGACACGCAGCUCGAGACGGCCUAGCAUACCAGUCCACCCGCCAGCAUGCACUUGUUGGGCUGCUCAUCAGUCCUAGGUAGUGAAGAUUGGACACCAUGCUUUCGUGAAAGAGUCCUCAACACCGCCCUGCCCUUGAGUGCCCUCGCCAUCUCGCUGGCCGUGUUUCUCAUCCAAUAUGCCCGCUCAAGAAGAAAACAUCACGCAGCCGCCGCAGCCGUCGCUCAGCUCGAUCCUGAUGCUUCGAGCUUUCAGAUCGCACCGGCAGCUGCUGCCGCUUCAACAUCGGACGCUCAGUCUUCUUCCUCGUCGAUCGGCCGUCUCUUCAGCUGGCGGAAGUCGAGCGACUCGCGAAAUGGGAAAGCACCGCAGCAAGAGCAGGAGACGAUCAGUGCCGCCACUCUGGCCGUGUUCCGUACAGAGAAUGCCAUGAUCCUCAACGAAGUCUUGGCUACACCGUUGCACCACCUCGACGCAGCAGAGCUGAGCCACAAGAGGAGGCUAGACGUCACGAAACGAUCAGUCGACACAGUGGGCGCAGUUGUCCUCGCAGCGAUGCACGCUGCCGGAUGGGCCGUGAACAGUGGCUCACUUUCCGAGGUGGCGUGGGCAUUCACUUGGAUCUACUUUGCGCUGCUGGGCGCUUUUUCCCUGGGUACAAGCCACAGCCUUUACUCGCACAAGGCGGCCUUCUUCUUCGUCUACUUUUGCAUCGCCCUUUCCAACCUGCGCUCCGCUCUGAUCAGCGACGACCAGUCACGGGAGGCUCCUCACGUUACCCUCGCAGCUCUCAAGCUCGCAGCGAGCGUCUUGCUGCUCAUCCCAACCGUCUUCUUCCCUCUAGAGACAAAGGUGCCCGCCGCCGUGAAGGCUAUUCACGAGACAAUGGCAGCACGAACUCAAUUCGGCGAGCCAACGACCGCUAUUCCUACACCAGCAAAGCAUCGCUCUCCUGCUACUACGCGGCGCAACUCGACCGAUGAGCGCCAACCUCUUCUCGAGGCAGAUGAGGCAGAGCGAGGCUUUGCAGCAGCAGAGAAGGCGGGCAUCGAGCGUCCGCCUGCUCCGCCUGAAGUCAGAGCCUCGCUGUACAGCCGCAUCUCCUUUGGAUUUGUCACACCGGCGCUGCUCAAGCAUUACAAGGUGCAAUUCACCCUGCCUGCCGUGCCCGACUUACCGCCGGGGGACAAAGCGGCCAACGUGGUUGCAGCGUUCCGAGCAGACUCGAGUCGAGAUGCAGGAGGAGCAGGCGCGGGCUCGACGCUGAUCCCUUCCAAGAAGCCGCUGGCUCUCCGGCUCGUGUGGCACUUCAGCCCCUUGCUCGCCCUCCAAUUUGUUUGGGCUUUUCUAGAGGCCAUUCUCGAACUAUCCCCCGCCGUCGGUCUCCGCCUUACGCUGCGCUACAUCUCCGAGCGUGACGCCGAGCGCAACGGCGAAGGCAAAGCGACCACGCCCGGUCAUAUGGCUGUGCUGUUCGUCAUGACCAUGGGUCUCGGCCAAGCCGCUGCCGCUGUGUGCGCGUCCCAGGCCUUGUUCAUCGGGCGCAGGAUCUGCAUCCGGCUGCGCGCUAUCCUCAUCACAGAGAUCAUCAGCAAGUCACUGAGGAGAAGCGAUAUCGGUGGCACUCCGCCCACAAAGAAAGAUGAGGGUGGUGAAGAGGAGCAUGAGAUCGACGCGGCGGCUAAGCCCCCCGCUGAGGAGGAUGAGGAGGGUGCACAGCUCAAGGAGGGGCAAAGAGCUACCGACGGUCAAGUGGUCAACCUUGUUUCCGUGGACGUCUUCAAGGUGUCAGAGAUUUGUGCCUACCUGCACUUUGCAUUCCCUCAGGUGCCGACCUCCAUCCUGCUCUGCCUCUAUCUCCUAUACGACUUGCUAGGCCCGUCGGCCCUGGUCGGUUUUGCCUGCCUGCUGUUACUGCUCCCGGCGCAGAUCACAGUUGCAAGCUUCUUUGUCAAGCUGCAGAAGCGAUUGCUCGAAGCGACCGAUAAAAGGUUGAAUCUGACGACCGAGGUGCUCAACUGCAUCAAGACAGUCAAAUUCUUUGCAUGGGAAGAAGCCUUUGCCACCCGCCUGGGCAAAACUCGCAGCAAAGAGCUCGCUGUCCUCCGUAAACGCUCCUUUGCCUGGCUCCUCUCAGCCAUCUUCUUCAUCGGCACUCCUGUCGCAGUUACCGCAGUCACAUUUGCUGUGCACACGCGCAUUUUCCGCCAGCCCCUCGACGCAGAGACGGCUUUCACUGCUCUGGCGCUCUUCAACUUGUUGAGAAUGCCCAUGGAUACGCUGCCCGACAUGAUCGUGCAGAUCCUCAGCUCUCUCGUGUCGGUGAGGCGUAUCGAUACGUUUCUGCGAGAGAAAGAGACGCAAAAAUAUGAGCAGCUUUGUGGAGAGGCUGCGCAGCGCGAGGAGGGAGACCCGGUCGUCGGAUUCAAGGACGCUACAUUCGUUUUCAAGUUAGACGAGAAUAGCGAGGGGUCCGACCAGGAGGCCACCUCGACUUUCGUUCUGAGGGACCUCAAUCUACAUUUCCCAGAGGGCAAGCUCAGCAUCAUCGCUGGGAGUGUCGGGUCAGGAAAGACGUGCCUGCUCAUGUCACUGCUCGGAGAGACGCAGCGCGUCGCCGGACGUACCUUCAUGCCUUGCCCGAUCGCUCGUGCUCUCGAACCCAUCGAUCCUGAGACAGGCCUUUCGGAGACUGUAGCUUACGUAUCGCAGACGGCCUGGCUGCUGGGGACGACGGUGAAGGAGAACAUCCUCUUCGGCUCGCCGUAUGAGGAGCAGCGCUACAAGAAGGUACUAAAGGCUUGCUCGCUUGAGCCGGACCUGAAGAUCCUGGAGUACCACGACGAGACGGAGGUUGGAGAAAAGGGGACUUCCCUUUCUGGUGGACAGAAGGCGCGUGUGGCUCUUGCGCGAGCAUUAUACUCGCCGGCAAAGUAUGUGCUCAUCGACGAUGCGCUCAGCGCGGUGGAUGCUCAUACGGCGGAGCACCUCUACCGCAACUACCUGCUCGGUGACCUCAUGAAGGGGCGCACCUGCGUCCUCGUCACCCAUGCCGUCACGCUUGUGUUGCCGGGUGCAGCGUACGCCGUCAACCUCGACAAUGGGCGCGUCACGGCAGCAGGCCCUGCCGAGCAGCUAGCAGCGCAGGGCGUCUUCGAUCACGAGACGGGACCGCGCUCCUCUGCCGCAAGUGUAGUGGAGCACAAAGCCGAAUGCAAUGAGGAAGACGAAGCGCCGCCAACCAUCGAGGAGAUUGACGAAGAAGCUCGUGCGAAUGAGGAGGCGGACAUCCAGAGCCGGCAAGAGCGCAAGAAGUUGAGCGAUCUGGAAGAGUCGUACGGCAAGGGAGCGGUCGGGAUCAAGCAGUACAUUCUAUACAUCAAGUCAUUCUUCCCCACGAGGAUUGGGACGAUCCUCUUCUGGGCUCUGGCGGUCUCGACGUUCCUCGUCAGCCGAGCGACAGAUGUCGGGGUUUCAGCCGCGCUCAGGCGGUGGGCUGGCUCGUACUCUGCGGCGCCUGAAUCAGAGUCGCUGCUUGCGGUCAGACCUCGUCAACUCGUCGCGGCCUUCUUCGCGCAGCCUGCGAAAGCAACCUCGUCAACAGACUCGUCGCCCUGGGAGGCCCAGUCUCAAUUAGUUCUCACGCCCACCUCUCAGCCCUCCGACUCUCUCACCCUCCACUACCUGCACGUCUACGCGCUCUGGGCUAUGGGCUUCAUCAUCGUCUCCCUGCUGCGCGACGCCGUAGUCCUAUUCGGCUCGCUCCGAGCCUCACGCAACCUUUACGAGCGUAUGACCAAGGCAAUUCUCAAUGCCCGACCCCAAUUCUUCGACCGCACGCCCGUGGGCCGAAUCAUGAACCGCUUCAGCAAAGAUCUCGAGACGGUCGACCAGGAAAUUGCGCCCACUUUCCUCUUUCUCAUCGACGUUAUCCUGCAGGGAGUUGUCAUCCUUGUGGUUUCCAGCUACGCUCUUCCCGCCAUGGGCAUCUUCUCCAUCUUCAUCGUCGCAGUCUACGGCUCGAUCGGUGCACUCUACAUCGUCUCCUCGCGCGAUCUCAAGCGCAUCGAAUCCGUGCAGCGCUCCCCGAUCUUCACGCUCGUUGGCGAGGUCCUUGGCGGCACCAUCGCAGUCAGGGCGUACGGCGACACGGCCCGAUUCACGCGACAUUGCCUGCGAUUGAUCGACAAGGCGUCUCGCCCCUUUUUCUUCAUGUGGUACGAGAAUCGCUGGCUCUCUAUGCGUGUCGACACUUUCGCUGGCAUGGUCUCUCUCGUCGUUGGGCUGGGUCUCGUAUGGAACAAGAGCAUCGACGCAGCUCUGGCGGGAUUUACGCUCUCCUUUACCAUCCAGCUGGUAGAUGCAGCCCUGUGGACGGUCAGGAUGAUCACCCAGAACGAGAUCAACUUCAACUCCAUCGAGCGCAUCGGCGAGUACCUCGACAUCGAAGCGGAGCGCAGCGUGGGACAGCAACCGCCCGCUCACUGGCCGACCGCAAGUGGGAACAUCGUCGUGGAAGGGCUGACGGCGCGCUAUUCUCCCGAGUUCGAGCCGGUGCUGAAAGGGGUCUCCUUCGAGGUAAAGCCUGGCGAGAAAGUAGGCAUCGUCGGCCGCACCGGAAGUGGAAAGAGUACUCUCGCUCUGUGCUUCUUCCGCUUCCUCGAGGCAGAAGCGGGUAGUAUCUCCAUCGACGGGAUCAGCAUUGCAGGGGUACCGCUCAAGACGUUGCGUGAGCGUUUGACUGUUAUCCCGCAAGAUGCUCAGCUGUUCAGCGGGACUGUGCGUUCCAACCUUGAUCCCUUCAGUCAUUACGAGGACGGCGAGCUAUGGCAGGCUCUCCAGCGCGUCAAGCUUGCUAGCCCCGCAGGCGCAUCAAGAGGACCGAGUCGCGCUCCUACUCGUCCUUCGUCCCCAAGCGGCGACGUCGAGGAAUCUCUGCCCUCCCUCUUCCACUCGCUGGGAGCCCCCAUAGAACAAGGCGGUCGCAACCUCUCCAGCGGGCAGCGUCAACUUGUCGCCUUGGCGCGCGGCCUGCUCAAGAUGCGUGACUCGCGCGUUCUCAUCCUGGACGAAUCCACCGCCAACCUAGACUCUGCUUCUGAUCGUCAGAUCCAGCAGACCAUCCGAACCGAGAUGGCCCCCGGUGCUACGAUCUUGGUGAUCGCGCAUCGACUGAGGACGAUCAUCGACUUCGACAAGAUCUUGGUCUUGGACAAAGGCAAUGUGCUCGAGUUUGCGAGCCCGUUGGACCUGCUCAACGAUGAGACGAGUAGCUUCAGGGAGCUGUGUGAGCGAUCGGGAGAGAUGGAGAUGUUGAGGGAGAUGGCCGAGAAGGCCGCGGAGAAGAGGGCGAAGCAAUGAUUCAUGAGGCGCAGCGAGGUGUUGUGUGACGAUCACGCUCUGCAAUGAUAGAUUUAUCCCGCGUCUACGAGGCCUGUGAGCGUAACGCCAGCACAAGAGGACGCAAUGACGCCUUCACGCUCUCAAAGUUUUUACGAG